AUGCCCUCAGAGCUCAGUAAAAAUUAUGCCUUUGUGCAGAAUACUACUAAGCAAAUAAAAGCGAAAGGAGUUAAAAACCAACAUAAAGUGAAAUUUUCAAAACGUUCUGUUUGAGAACUGAAGUAACUCGAGCAAAUCAAGUGCAAAGAUUAAGAUAGUUUUUAAGCAAGGAACAAAGCUGAAUAGCGAAAAGCAGGGAACCACCAAGAUGCCUAACCAAUUCCCAAUUAAGCCACCGGCACAGAUGCCCUGCGCGCACUGGAACCACUUUCCCAUUCAUCCACAAAGGCAAGUUACAUUCAGCAGCAGCAGCGGCAGAUGCAAUGGCUCAAACGGCCCAUCAUCGCCGCCACCAUCACCCAGCUCUUACUCGUAUUGCAGUGCCUGUGAUGCCAUGCAAAAACGGCAUACAUGAACUAUAACCUAUUUUCUAAGCCUGGGCGGAACACAACAAAUACAGACAUUAAAGUCAAUAGUUAUGUUGCGAAAGCAGUUCGUGGUUUGUAAUUGGAAGAGUUGAUUGCGGCAGACAAGAGCCAACAAUCGCCCGAAAUGAAGAGCGCAUAAGUACGCAACCAAGAAGCAGUUGAAAAGCCCAACGAUUUCAGAGAACAAUCAAUUUUCCUCAAAAGCAGCUGAAUUGGAAUUUACGAACCAUUCCUAAUUUAUCUGAGGGUAAUUUAGGAUUACAAACUUUUACAACUACCUCAAUGUGUACAUCUGGCGCGUUACAGUUCAAUCAAAUGGGCAACACCCAAAAUUCUUUGGAAUCUAUUUUAUUAUGUAGUGGUAUUAAAGUGCUUUAAUCGACACAUACGAAAAAAAUAGAUGUAUAAUACCUACUAUAUAUGCCGUCACAUUGUCGAUACUAUAUAUUUAUAUGUAAAUGUAAUUACAACUGUAAGGUAUUUAUUCCCUUAAAGUGCGCUUAAAA